UCUAAAAAGCCCGAGUCACUUAACUUCUAGGGUGGGAAACUCCGAGGGAAAUGGCAGAUGCCGGGAGGAGGGAGCACGUGUUGGGACUUCUCGCAUGGGGUCGGGGCCCCUGGGUCAAACCUGCAGCGGUCCUGCUUUGCGGGUCUUUGUGCAGGUCAGGCUGGUGUUGCCGACGCCGACCGUAGCUCCUCUGCUCUGGGUCAUUUUCUGGUAAAAGCUAAGUUUCCAAGGAAGAGUCACGAGGACCGGUUUUUCCUCACUCUCCCUCUCCUCCCACCUUCUACGUUUGGCAUUUUUCCAAGUUAGAAAGCAGAUUUUCACUAGGGAAGAGACUUCGUAUAGUAUAUAUAGUAUGUGCUAUGAUAAUAGCUACUGUGCUAAGCCCAGUAUGUGUAUUAUAACACUGAAUCCGCACAGCAGUCUGAAGAGGAGCCAUUUGGAUGUUAAGUAGUGUUUCCUGCCCUCUGUCAGAAAUGAGGGAGGUUAUUGCACUUGCAGAUGAGAGAUAAUGAGAAACAAAGAGGAUAAUGGAAUGCCGGCAGAUGGGUAUGAAGGGCGGAUUUCAAGAGUUUUACUACCAUUGGAUGUUACUGUUGAUAUGGAGAAGAUUGAGGAACAAUUUUCUAAUCUGCAUAUUAUUAAACGUUCCUCGGAACCUAAGGAACCCACUUAUCUUCUUGACAUAGACACAUCGAAGACUAUAGAAGGAGAAAAAGGGAGCUUGGUUGCUGUUUUAUGUUCUAAUGGAUCAAUAAGGAUAUAUGAUAAAGAAACAUUAAACAUAUUACGAGAAUUUAAUGGAUAUCCUGGACUUCUUAAUGGAGUCAAAUUUGCCAAUUCAUGUGACAGUGUAUAUUCAGCAAGUACUGAGGGCACUGUAAAAUGUUGGGACGCUCGAUUAGCCAGUGAAAAACCUGUUCAACUGUUCAAGGGUUACACUUCCAACGUCUUCAUCAGUUUUGAUAUCAGUUGUAACGAUCAUGUCAUUUGUGCUGGUACAGAAAAAAUGGAUGAUGAUGCAUUGUUGGUAUUUUGGGAUGCAAGAGUUAAUUCUCAGGAUUCGUCUAGUACUAGAGACCCACUUGGUGCAUAUUCAGAGACACACAGUGAUGAUAUCACUCAAGUACGUUUCCAUCCCAGCAAUCCCAACAUGGUCGUCUCCGGUUCAACUGAUGGCUUGGUAAAUGUAUUUGAUAUUAAUGUUGAUAAUGAAGAAGAUGCACUAGUUACAACCUGUAACUCAGUGUCAUCAGUAAGCUAUAUUGGUUGGUGUGGGAAGGAUUAUAAACAGAUUUACUGCAUGACACAUGAUGAAGGAUUUUCUUGGUGGGAUCUUAAUCAUUUGGACACUGAUGAACCGAUUACACGUUUGAACAUCCAGGAUGUCAGAGAAAUAAUUAACGUGAAAGAAGGUAAUUUGGACUAUUUGAUUGGUGGCCUCUAUCAUGAAAAGAUGGACAAACUGUUUGUUAUUGGAGGAACAAACACAGGAAGGAUUCACCUGAUGAACUGCACCACGUCGGGACUGACCCAUGUGACGACCCUUCAGGGAGGGCAUGCUGCCACAGUUCGUUCUUUCUAUUGGAACACACAGGAUGAUUCUCUGCUGACAGGGGGAGAAGAUGCACAGUUGUUACUUUGGAAACCUGGAGCAGUAGAGAAGACAUUUACGAAGAAAGACAGCAUGAAAAUAGCAUCCUCUGUGCACCAGCGAGUACGCAUUCACAGUAAUGAUUCUUACAGGAGAAGGAAAAAGCCGUGAUGUUACAUUGGAAGUUUACUUGACAGGUUUUAUAGUUUCGAGUAAUUGUUUCUGUCUAUACCUGUAAUAGGCAUGUUUAAACUUGUAUGUAACAACAGAUGAGUUAGCAAACAAUCCUGGACAAAUGUUGAGAAUGGUUUAAUUCAAGAGAUCUGUUUGUAUUCUUAAAUAUUUUUCGAGCCUCCAGUUGAAUAUGAAAUUCAAUGAGUUGAAAGCAAAUUUACAUGCCUCAUUUUAAAGACCCAUCUGUUGAGUUAGUAAAUGUUGGGUAUGAAGAAAUAGCUCGGAUAAGGACUUUUUAGAAGUAGAUAGCUGAUGAAUCUUAAUAAAACAGGUGGUUUGAGCUGGUUUUUUGUUGUUGUUUUGGUUGUUUGUUUUGUACCAGGGAUUGAACCUGAGGCGCUUAACCACUGAGCCACAUCCCAGCCCUUUUUUAAAUAUUUUUUUGAAAUGGUCUUGCUAAAUAGCUCAGGGCCUCAGCCUCCUGAGCUGCUGGGAUUACAGGCACCUGCCACACCUGGCUGAUUGUUUUUUAAGGUCAGUUUUUUUACAUUAUAAAUUAUCUUCAUUGUUUAUAAAACCAAAGUCAGAUUAUUUUCUUCAAUUGAGGAGAUUCUACUUGCUUAAUGUACUUAAUAUAUUACCAUGGAAUAUUUAAAUGUAAGAAUUCUAAUGAGUGUAAAUAGAAUUAAUUUUUUUUUGGCUUGCAUGAGGCCCUGGGUUCAAUCCCUAGCACAAUAAAUAAACAAACAAAUAAAUAAAUAAAUAAAAAUAAAUAAAUCACAGGCAUUUACCUGAAAAGAGAAAAAUAUAUUUAGUAAAUAUUUGUUUACUUUUAGUUAAAUAGGUACUGAUGAAAUUAUCUUGUGAAAUUUAUUUUGAGAAAAAGUAUAAAAAUAAAAAUAUCUAUAAUAAGACUUUAUUUCAAAAUAUCCUUUCAAUAAUAUUUGUGGCAAAAUUUUCUUUUACAGUGUUUCAUCCUUAAUUUUAACUUUAUUUUUUAAAUAUUUUCUUAGCUGUUGAUGGACCUUUAUUAUUUAUAUGUGGUGCGGAGCAUCAAACCCAGUGCUUUACACAUG